CGUAGCACAUAUAAGGAGGGUUCUAAAUAUACCUACUGCAGUUGCACUUGAGUAUUUAGUCACACAAGAAGAGGCUGUCACCUGCAUGUUAAUAAAUCGACUUGGAAGUGUUUUUUUUCUCCUUUGAAAGUAAAAAAAUUGCAGUAUAAUUUAGCAUUACGAUUCCGUGUUCUGUUUUGGUUGGCUGAGAUAAAAUAAUCAUUGCCUUUGCUUCUUGGGUCGAAGAUUUUCCGAGUUGUAUCCAGUCCUCAUCACUAUCAGAAGAGGCUGCUGAGAAAACAGUUAAGUUUUGUCAAUGUGUGAACGAACGCAAUAGCUAUCGAUGGUGUUGAUGAUUAGAAGUAUGCGCUCUAUGCCAACCUGGCGAGAUUAUCUCCAUUCAUUAAAUCGUAAUGUUUAUGUAGUAUAACUUCUAGGAUAGAUGUUGAUGUUGGUUAAUAUUUAUUAAUCUGUAACCAAAAUGGAAACAAUAUAUAUUUACAGUGGGAAUGUAUAGCAAGUUGUUAUCCCGUAAUUUUUUGUAUUAUGUAAGUUUAUUGAUAAAGUAGAAUAAUUGCCAAAGUAACGGGUGAUCAGAAGGACAUUGAGAGCGCUUUUUUAUGAUUUCCGUGAAACAGAAAUGCGAAUUUUCAUAUCACCAUCGCUACUUUUGCCAUAUAUUUGUGUUUAAUGUAGAUUGUUGUUGUAAUCUGUCUAAAUGCAUGGCGUUUCUUUAUUUUCCCCUCAAGAAUACCGGCCAGCCGAACCUUCAGGAUUUUCAAUCCUCUCUGCAAAAGGAAAGAAAAAAACUAGAUUCUGGCCUUCCUUCAAUUGGGGCUGAAUGUCCUUUAAAGCAGCAAAAAAUAUACUCAGAAAAUAACCGAUGAUGCAGCCUCUUAAGAGGAACGCCAUCAUAUUGACACUUCUUGUUGUACAUAUGGAAACUGCAACUACUACAGCAUCAACAUCUUCAGAGACAACACAAUUUUCUUCAACUUCAGAAGUUCCAUCAACUACAUCUGCUGAAUCAAGACCAAUUGCAUCUUCUACCCUGUUAAAUAUCGCUUCGUCACCAUCAUCGGAAAUGACAGAUAUUAUUUCCUCAACUCCUGUUGGGUCCACAUUAGGAGACACGACACAAAUUACGUCUACAUCUGAUAUUCCGUCCUCCUCACAAGUUAUGCCAAACACAACUUCAAUAGAAUCCACAACAGUAACUCAAACUGAAUCUACUACAUCUCCAUGGACUUAUGUUCCUUCCACAGCUGCUGAAACAACUUCAUUAGUGUCCACAUUGGCAACGGAAAGUACAACAUUGUUUGUCACAACACCAGUAGCCACUACACUGUCAAAUAUUUCAUCAACAUCUUCAGAGACAACACAAUUUUCCUCAACUUCAGAAGUUCCAUCAACUACAUCUGCUGAAUCAACAGCAAUUACAUCUUCUACAGCAUCAAAUAUCCCUUCCACACCAUCAUCAGAAACUACAGAAAUGACUUCCUCUACUCCUGUUUGGUCCACAUUAGGAGACACGACACAAAUUACAUCUACAUCUGAUAUUCCAUCCGCCACGCAAGUUAUACCAACCACAAUUUCAUGGGAAUCCACAACAGUAACUCAAACGGAAUCUACUACGUCUCUAUGGACUUCUGUUCUAUCCACAGCUGCUGAAACAACUGCAAUAGUGUCCACAUUGGCAUCUGAAAGUACAACAUUGUUUGUGACAACACCACUGGAAACGACUCAGUCAAUUAUUCCAUCCACAUCUUCAGAGACAACACAAUUUUCUUCAACUUCAGACGUUCCAUCGACUACUUUUGCUGAAUCAACAGCAAUUGCAUUUUCUACCCUGUCAAAUAUCGCUUCCUCACCAUCAUCAAAAACUACAGAUAUUAUUUCCACAACUCCUGUUGGGUCCACAUUCGUAGACACGUCACAAUUUACGUCUACAUCUGAUUUUCCAUCCUCCUCACAAGUUAUACCAACCACAGCUCAAUUAGAAUCCACAACAGUAACUCAAAUGGAAUCUAAUACAUCUCCAUGGACUUCUGUUCCAUCCACAGCUGCUGAAACAACUUCAAUAGUGUCCACGUUAGCAACGGAAAGUACAACAUUGUUCGUCACUACACCACUGGAAACGACUCAGUCAAUUAUUCCAUCCACAUCUUCAGAGACAACACAAUUUUCCUCAACUUCAGAAGAUCCAUCGACUACAUUUGCUGAAUCAACACCAAUUUCAUCUUCUACAGCAUCAAAUUUCCCUUCCACACCAUCAUCAGAAACUACAGGAAUGGCUUCCUCAACUCCUGUUGGGUCCACAUUAGGAGACACGACACAAAUUACGUCUACAUCUGAUAUUCCAUCCUCCACGCAAGUUAUACCAACCACAAUUUCAUUGGAAUCCACAACAGUAACUCAAACGGAAUCUACUACAUCUCUAUGGACUUCUGUACCAUCCACAGCUGCUGAAACAACUUCAAUAGUGUCAACAUUGGCAACUGAAAGUACACCAUUUUUCGUCACAACACCACUGGAAACGACUCAGUCAAAUAUUCCAUCAAGAUCUUCAGAUACAACACAAUUUUCCUCAACUUCAGAUGUUCAAUCGACUACUUUUGCUAAAUCAACAGCAAUUGCAUCUUCUAGCUUGUCAAAUAUCGCUUCCUCACCAUCAUCAGAAACUACAGAUAUUAUUUCCUCAACGCGUGUUGUUUCCACAUUAGGAGACACGACACUAAUUAUAUCUACAUCUGACAUUCUGUCCUCACAAGUUAUACCAACCACAGCUUCAUUGGAAUCCACAACUGUAACUAAAAUGGAAUCUACUUCAUCUCUAUGGACUUCUUUUCCAUCCACAGCUGCUGAAACAACUUCAAUAGUGUCCACAUUGGCAACUGAAAGUACAACAUUGUCUGUUACAACACCACCGGAAACGACUCAGUCAAAUAUUCCAUCCACAUCUUCAGAGACAACACAAUUUUCUUCAACUUCAGAAGAUCCAUCGACUACAUCGGUUGAAUCAACACCAAUUGCAUCUUCUUCAGCAUCAAAUAUCCCUUCUACACCAUCAUCAGAAACUACAGAAAUGGCUUCCUCUACUCCUGUUGGGUCCACAUUAGGAGACACGACACAAAUUACGUCUACAUCUGAUAUUCCAUCCUCCACGCAAGUUAUACCAACCACAAGUUCAUUGGAAUCCACAACAGUAACUCAAACGGAAUCUACUACAUCUCUAUGGACUUCUGUUCCAUCCACAGCUGCUGAAACAACUUCAAUAGUGUCCACAUUGGCAACUGAAAGUACAACAUUGUUCGUCACAACACCACUGGAAACGACCCAGUCAAAUAUUCCAUCCACAUCUUCAGAGACAACACAAUUUUCAUCAUCUUCAGGAGUUCCAUCGACUACAUUUGCUGAAUCAACACCAAUUGCAUCUUCUACAGCAUCAAAUAUCCCUUCCACACUAUCAUCAGAAACUACAAACAUGGCUUCCCCUACUCCUGUUGGGUCCACAUUAGGAGACACGACACUAAUUACGUCUACAUCUGAUAUUCCAUCCUCCUCACAAGUUAUACCAACCACAACUUCAUUGGAAUCCACAACAGCAACUCAAACGGAAUCUACUACAUCUCUAUGGACUUCUGUACCAUCGACAGCUGCUGAAACAAUUUCAAAAGUGUCCACAUUGGCAACUGAAAGUACACAAUUUUUCGUCACAACACCACUGGAAACGACUCAGUCAAAUAUUCCAUCAACAUCUUCAGAGACAACACAAUUAUCCUCCACUUCAGAUGAUCCAUCAACUACUUUUGCUGAAUCAACACCAAUUGCAUCUUCUACCCUGUCAAAUAUCGCUUCCUCACCAUCAUCAGAAACUACAGAUAUUAUUUCCUCAACUCGUGUUGGGUCCACAUUAGGAGACACGACACAAAUUACGUCUACAUCUGAUAUUCCAUCCUCCACGCAAAUUAUACCAACCACAACUUCAUUGGAAUCCGCAACAGUAGUUCAAACGGAACCUACUACAUCUCUAUGGACUUCUCUUCCAUCCACAGCUGCUGAAACAACUUCAAUAGUGUCCACAUUGGCAACUGAAAGUACAACAUUGUCUGUUACACCACCUCUGGAAACGACUCAGUCAAAUAUUCCAUCCACAUCUUCAGAGACAACACAAUUUUCCUCAACUUUAGAAGAUCCAUCGACUACAUUUGCUGAAUCAACACCAAUUGCCUCUUCUACCCUGUCAAAUAUCCCUUCCACACCAUCAUCAGAAACUACAGAAAUGACUUCCUCUAAUCCUGUUGGGUCCACAUUAGGAGACACGACACUAAUUACAUCUACAUCUGAUAUUCCGUCCUCCUCACAGGUUAUACCAACCACAACUUCAUUGGAAUCCACAACAGUAACUCAAACCGAAUCUACUACAUCUCUAUGGACUUUUGUUCAAUCCACAGCUGCUGAAUCAACGUCCAAAGUGUCCACAUUGUCAACUGAAAGUACAACAUUGUUCGUCACAACACCACUGGAAACGACUCAGUCAAAUAUUCCAUCCACAUCUUCAGAGACAACACAAUUUUCCUCAACUUCAGAAAUUCCAUCGACUACAUCUGCUGAAUCAACACCAAUUGCCUCUUCUACCCUGUCAAAUAUCCCUUCCUCACCAUCAUCAGAAACUACAGAAAUGACUUCCUCUACUCCUGUUGGGUCCACAUUAGGAGACACGACACAAAUUACGUCUACAUCUGAUAUUCCAUCCUCCACGCAAGUUAUACCAACCACAAUUUCAUUGGAAUCCACAACAGUAACUCAAACGGAAUCUACUACAUCUCUAUGGACUUCUGUUCCAUCCACAACUGCUGAAUCAACUUCAAAAGUGUCCACAUUGGCAACUGAAAGUACAACAUUGUUCAUCACAACACCACUGACAACGACUCAGUCAAAUAUUCCAUCCACAUCUUCAGAGACAACACAAUUUUCCUCAACUUCAAAAGAUCCAACAACUACUUUUGCUGAAUCAACACCAAUUGCAUCUUCUACAGCAUCAAAUAUCCCUUCCACACCAUCAUCAGAAACUACAGAAAUGGAUUCCUCUACUCCUGUUGGGUCCACAUUAGGAGACACGACACAAAUUACGUCUACAUCUGAUAUUCCAUCCUCCACGCAAGUUAUACCAACCACAACUUCAUUGGAAUCCACAACAGUAACUCAAACGGGAUCUACUACAUCUCUAUGGACUUCUGUUCCAUCCACAGCUGCUGAAACAACUUCAAUAGUGUCCACAUUGGCAACUGAAAGUACAACAUUGUUCGUCACAACACCACUGGAAACGACUCAGUCAUAUAUUCCAUCCACAUCUUCAGAGACAACACAAUUAUCCUCAACUUCCGAAAUUCCAUCGACUACAUCUGCUGAAUCAACACCAAUUGCCUCUUCUACCCUGUCAAAUUUCCCUUCCACACCAUCAUCAGAAACUACAGAAAUGGCUUCCUCUACUCCUGUUGGGUCCACAUUAGGAGACACGACACAAAUUACGUCUACAUCUGAUAUUCCAUCCUCCACGCAAGUUAUACCAACCACAACUUCAUUGGAAUCGACAACAGUAACUCAAACGGAAUCUACUACAUCUCUAUGGACUUCUGUUCCAUCCACAGCUGCUGAACCAACUUCAAUAGUGUCCUCAUUGGCAACUGAAAGCACAACAUAUUUCGUCACAACACCACUGGAAACGACUCAGUCAAAUAUUCCAUCCACAUCUUCAGAGACAACACAAUUUUCCUCAACUUCAGAAGAUCCAACAACUACUUUUGCUGAAUCAACACCAAUUGCAUCUUCUACAGCAUCAAAUAUCCCUUCCACACCAUCAUCAGAAACUACAGAAAUGGCUUCCUCAACUCGUGUUGGUUCCACAUUAGGAGACACGACACUAAUUACAUCUACAUCUGAUAUUCCGUCCUCCUCACACGUUAUACCAACCACAACUUCAUUGGAAUCCACAACAGUAACUCAAACGGAAUCUACUACAUCUCUAUGGACUUCUGUUCCAUCCACAGCUGCUGAAUCAACUUCAAAAGUGUCCACAUUGGCAACUGAAAGUACAACAUUGUUCGUCACAACACCACUGGAAACGACUCAGUCAAAUAUUCCAGCCACAUCUUCAGAGACAACACAAUUUUCCUCAACUUCAGAAGAUCCAACAACUACUUUUGCUGAAUCAACACCAAUUGCAUCUUCUACAGCAUCAAAUAUCCCUUCCACACCAUCAUCAGAAACUACAGAAAUGGCUUCCUCAACUCGUGUUGAUUCCACAUUAGGAGACACGACACCAAUUACAUCUACAUCUGAUAUUCCGUCCUCCUCACACGUUAUACCAACCACAACUUCAUUGGAAUCCACAACAGUAACUCAAACGGAAUCUACUAUAUCUCUAUGGACUUCUGUUCCAUCCACAGCUGCUGAAUCAACUUCAAAAGUGUCCACAUUGGCAACUGAAAGUACAACAUUGUUCGUCACAACACCACUGGAAACGACUCAGUCAAAUAUUCCAUCCACAUCUUCAGAGACAACACAAUUUUCCUCAACUUCAGAAGAUCCAUCGACUACAUUUGCUGAAUCAACACCAAUUGCAUCUUCUACAGCAUCAAAUAUCCCUUCCACACCAUCAUCAGAAACUACAGAAAUGGCUUCCUCUACUCAUGUUGGGUCCACAUUAGGAGACACGACACAAAUUACGUCUACAUCUGAUAUUCCAUCCUCCACGCAAGGUAUACCAACCACAACUUCAUUGGAAUCCACAACAGUAACUCAAAUGGAAUCUACUACAUCUCUAUGGACUUCUGUUCCAUCCACAGCAGCUGAAACAACUUCAAUAGUGUCCACAUUGGCAACUGAAAGUACAACAUUGUUCGUCACAACACCACUGGAAACGACUCAGUCAAAUAUUCCAUCCACAUCUUCAGAGACAACACAAUUAUCCUCAACUUCAGAAAUUCCAUCGACUACAUCUGCUGAAUCAACACCAAUUGCCUCUUCUACCAUGUCAAAUUUCCCUUCCACACCAUCAUCAGAAACUACAGAAAUGGCUUCCUCUACUCCUGUUGGGUCCACAUUAGGGGACACGACACAAAUUACGUCUACAUCUGCUAUUCCAUCCUCCACGCAAGUUAUACCAACCACAACUUCAUUGGAAUCCACAACAGUAACUCAAACGGAAUCUACUACAUCUCUAUGGACUUCUGUUCCAUCCACAGCUGCUGAAACAACUUCAAUAGUGUCCACAUUGGCAACUGAAAGUACACCAUUUUUCAUCACAACACCACCGGAAACGACUCAGUCAAAUAUUCCAUCAACAUCUUCAGAGACAACACAAUUAUCCUCAUCUUCAGAAAUUCCAUCGACUACAUCUGCUGAAUCAACACCAAUUGCCUCUUCUACCCUGUCAAACAUCCCUUCCACACCAUCAUCAGAUACUACAGAUAUUAUUUCCUCAACUCGUGUUGGGUCCACAUUAGGAGACAUGACACAAAUUACGUCUACAUCUGAUAUUCCAUCCUCCACGCAAGUUAUACCAACCACAAUUUCAUUGGAAUCCACAACAGUAACUCAAACGGAAUCUACUACAUCUCUAUGGACUUCUGUUCCAUCCACAGCUGCUGAAACAACUUCAAUAGUGUCCACAUUGGCAACUGAAAGUACAACAUUGUUCGUCACAACACCACUGGAAACGACUCAGUCAAACAUUCCAUCCACCUCUUCAGAGACAACACAAUUUUCAUCAUCUUCAGGAGUUCGAUCGACUACAUCUGCUGAAUCAACACCAAUUGCAUCUUCUACAGCAUCAAAUAUCCCUUCCACACCAUCAUCAGAAACUACAGAAAUGGCUUCCUCUACUCCUGUUGGGUCCACAUUAGGAGACACGACACUAAUUACAUCUACAUCUGAUAUUCCGUCCUCCUCACACGUUAUACCAACCACAACUUCAUUGGAAUCCACAACAGUAACUCAAACGGAUUCUACUACAUCUCUAUGGACUUCUGUUCCAUCCACAGCUGCUGAAUCAACUUCAAAAGUGUCCACAUUGGCAACUGAAAGUACAACAUAUUUCGUCACAACACCACUGGAAACGACUCAGUCAAAUAUUCCAUCCACAUCUUCAGAGACAACACAAUUUUCCACAACUUCAGAAGAUCCAACAACUACUUUUGCUGAAUCAACACCAAUUCCAUCUUCUACAGCAUCGAACAUCCCUUCCACACCAUCAUCAGAAACUACAGAAAUGGCUUCCUCUACUCCUGUUGGGUCCACAUUAGGAGACACGACACAAAUUACGUCUACAUCUGAUAUUCCGUCCUCCUCACAAAUUACACCAACCACAACUUCAUCGGAAUCCACCACAGUACCUCAAACGGAAUCUACUAUAUCUCUAUCGACUUCUGUUCCAUCCACAACUGCUGAAUCAACUUCAAUAGUGUCCUCAUUGGCAACUGAAAGCACAACAUAUUUCGUCACAACACCACUGGAAACGACUCAGUCAAAUAUUCUAUCCACAUCUUCAGAGACAACACAAUUUUCCUCAACUUCAGAAGAUCCAACAACUACUUUUGCUGAAUCAACACCAAUUGCAUCUUCUACAGCAUCAAAUAUCCCUUCCACAUCAUCAUCAGAAACUACAGAAAUGGCUUCCUCAACUCGUGUUGGUUCCACAUUAGGAGACACGACACAAAUUACGUCUACAUCUGAUAUUCCGUCCUCCUCACAGGUUAUACCAACCACAACUUCAUUGGAAUCCACAACAGUAACUCAAACGGAAUCUACUACAUCUCUAUGGACUUUUGUUCCAUCCACAGCUGCUGAAUCAACUUCAAAAGUGUCCACAUUGGCAACUGAAAGUACAACAUUGUUCGUCACAACACCACUGGAAACGACUCAGUCAAACAUUCCAUCCACAUCUUCAGAGACAACACAAUUUUCAUCAUCUUCAGGUGUUCCAUCGACUACAUUUGCUGAAUCAACACCAAUUGCAUCUUCUACCCUGUCAAACAUCCCUUCCACACCAUCAUCAGAAACUACAGAUAUUAUUUCCUCAACUCGUGUUGGUUCCACAUUAGGAGACACGACACUAAUUACAUCUACAUCUGAUAUUCCGUCCUCCUCACACGUUAUACCAACCACAACUUCAUUGGAAUCCACAACAGUAACUCAAACGGAAUCUACUACAUCUCUAUGGACUUCUGUUCCAUCCACAGCUGCUGAAUCAACUUCAAAAGUGUCCACAUUGGCAACUGAAAGUACAACAUUGUUCGUCACAACACCACUGGAAACGACUCAGUCAAAUAUUCCAGCCACAUCUUCAGAGACAACACAAUUUUCCUCAACUUCAGAAGAUCCAACAACUACUUUUGCUGAAUCAACACCAAUUGCAUCUUCUACAGCAUCAAAUAUCCCUUCCACACCAUCAUCAGAAACUACAGAAAUGGCUUCCUCAACUCGUGUUGAUUCCACAUUAGGAGACACGACACCAAUUACAUCUACAUCUGAUAUUCCGUCCUCCUCACACGUUAUACCAACCACAACUUCAUUGGAAUCCACAACAGUAACUCAAACGGAAUCUACUAUAUCUCUAUGGACUUCUGUUCCAUCCACAGCUGCUGAAUCAACUUCAAAAGUGUCCACAUUGGCAACUGAAAGUACAACAUUGUUCGUCACAACACCACUGGAAACGACUCAGUCAAAUAUUCCAUCCACAUCUUCAGAGACAACACAAUUUUCCUCAACUUCAGAAGAUCCAUCGACUACAUUUGCUGAAUCAACACCAAUUGCAUCUUCUACAGCAUCAAAUAUCCCUUCCACACCAUCAUCAGAAACUACAGAAAUGGCUUCCUCUACUCAUGUUGGGUCCACAUUAGGAGACACGACACAAAUUACGUCUACAACAGAUAUUCCAUCCUCCACGCAAGUUAUACCAACCACAACUUCAUUGGAAUCCACAACAGUAACUCAAACGGAAUCUACUACAUCUCUAUGGACUUCUGUUCCAUCCACAGCAGCUGAAACAACUUCAAUAGUGUCCACAUUGGCAACUGAAAGUACAACAUUGUUCGUCACAACACCACUGGAAACGACUCAGUCAAAUAUUCCAUCCACAUCUUCAGAGACAACACAAUUAUCCUCAACUUCAGAAAUUCCAUCGACUACAUCUGCUGAAUCAACACCAAUUGCCUCUUCUACCAUGUCAAAUUUCCCUUCCACACCAUCAUCAGAAACUACAGAAAUGGCUUCCUCUACUCCUGUUGGGUCCACAUUAGGGGACACGACACAAAUUACGUCUACAUCUGCUAUUCCAUCCUCCACGCAAGUUAUACCAACCACAACUUCAUUGGAAUCCACAACAGUAACUCAAACGGAAUCUACUACAUCUCUAUGGACUUCUGUUCCAUCCACAGCUGCUGAAACAACUUCAAUAGUGUCCACAUUGGCAACUGAAAGUACACCAUUUUUCAUCACAACACCACUGGAAACGACUCAGUCAAAUAUUCCAUCAACAUCUUCAGAGACAACACAAUUUUCCUCAACUUCAGACAUUCCAUCGACUACAUCUGCUGAAUCAACACCAAUUGCCUCUUCUACCCUAUCAAAUAUCCCUUCCACACCAUCAUCAGAAACUACAGAAAUGACUUCCUCUACUCCUGUUGGUUCCACAUUAGGAGACACGACACAAAUUACGUCUACAUCUGAUAUUCUGUCCUCCUCACAAAUUACACCAACCACAACUUCAUCGGAAUCCACCACAGUACCUCAAACGGAAUCUACUAUAUCUCUAUGGACUUCUGUUCCAUCCACAGCUGCUGAAACAACUUCAAUAGUGUCCACAUUGGCAACUGAAAGUACACCAUUUUUCAUCACAACACCACCGGAAACGACUCAGUCAAAUAUUCCAUCAACAUCUUCAGAGACAACACAAUUAUCCUCAUCUUCAGAAAUUCCAUCGACUACAUCUGCUGAAUCAACACCAAUUGCCUCUUCUACCCUGUCAAACAUCCCUUCCACACCAUCAUCAGAUACUACAGAUAUUAUUUCCUCAACUCGUGUUGGGUCCACAUUAGGAGACAUGACACAAAUUACGUCUACAUCUGAUAUUCCAUCCUCCACGCAAGUUAUACCAACCACAAUUUCAUUGGAAUCCACAACAGUAACUCAAACGGAAUCUACUACAUCUCUAUGGACUUCUGUUCCAUCCACAGCUGCUGAAACAACUUCAAUAGUGUCCACAUUGGCAACUGAAAGUACAACAUUGUUCGUCACAACACCACUGGAAACGACUCAGUCAAACAUUCCAUCCACCUCUUCAGAGACAACACAAUUUUCAUCAUCUUCAGGAGUUCGAUCGACUACAUCUGCUGAAUCAACACCAAUUGCAUCUUCUACAGCAUCAAAUAUCCCUUCCACACCAUCAUCAGAAAACUACAGAAAUGGCUUCCUCUAC